ACUCUAUAUACUCUACUGUAGGAUCACAUACAUAUAUAUAUGCUUUCAGUGAAACCAAUUGUUUACAUUUAGUUGCACAGCAAUCCGAUGGAUGGAAAUAUUAAACAUAUGUGACGAUUAUUAUAUUUUCUAAUCCAAUGAUGGUUGAAAAGUUUGUGCUUCUGAAGCGGUUCAGGUUUUAAUUAUAAGAUGGAGGCAGAUGUACAAUCUGAUGUACAUAAAAAUCUAGGAAAUGUGAACCAGGAAAUUCACCAAAUCUCGGAGAGUUUUCAACACAGUGAAAUCAGUGAUUGUAAAGUUUUGAGUUCAAGUAUUAAACUAGUGACAGAAAAUAAAGAAUUUUCAAAAGACAACGCCAACGACUAUCCUUCGAACAAAGAUGCUAAGGACGGGGACGGUGACGUCCUGAACGACAAAUCUGAUUUGUCUAGUCCUCAUGUCGUUGUCAAGGUUCCAGAUAGAACAGAUGAAAUGAGUAGUGAUUGUUGUAAAGAAACAAAUGAAGAGGACCAGAUAAUUGAACAAGAAAAUAGUGAAAUGGAGCUGAUCAGUGACCAAACUGUUGUUUUUAAAACCAUCAUGAAAAUAAGAGAAAAGGACGAAGGAGAAGAUAAUGAGAUGAAUACUGUCUGCAAGGUUGGAGAUAGAAAUAAGAAAAACAUGAAGACGAAUGAUUUUAAAAGCAAAUUAGAUUUUGGUGACACAGAUAUUUAUACAUUCAUGGACAAUGGGAAGAAUAAUAAAGAAAAAACGGAGAAAGAAAUGUAUAAGGAGGAGAAGGAGGAGGAUACUAAUGAGGAGGAAGAUGAGGAGGAGGAUAAAGAAGAUGAUACAAAUACUGAUAAUGAUUGUAGACUAGAAAGAGCCCCUGAGAAGCAUGUACAGAUUCAUGAGAAUAUUGAGAUUCAUGAAGCAUCUGAUACAAACAGUGAAGGAGAAAAAUCAGCUGAUCGGCCAUAUAAACAUAGACAUAUCAGGAAAGAAGGGUUUUCGGGGAGAAAAGAAAUUGUAGGAAUCCUGAAACCUGGCCCAACCCCUGGUAAACAGCUCCGUAGCUUCCCUUCACUACCAGAUAUAUUCCUCCAGGAACUAGGGUUAUCACAGAAUGGAGGAAUCAGUAUGGAUCAACUAUCUGAACAAGAUAUAGAGAGUAAGUUCUGUUCUCUGUCCCUUGCCUUCAAAACGGACCGAGUAACCCUGUCUGACCGGCUAGACUUACAGCUCAGGCAAAGAGAUAUAGCUGAAAGGAAUGUGUCGGAUGAGAUGAGACAACUCAAAACCACGAUUAAGGUAUUUUUUAUUUUUAACUUCAAAUCACCCUUCUUGCAAAGAAGGCAAUUGCCCGAUUUAGAAUCCUAUCAUUAAAA